AAGGUUACCUAUACAAUGGCUGCGUGAACAUAAAUAUACGUUCUUGAAAUUGAAACGAAUAUCGCGUUGCAUAUUCAUUAUAGAAAUAUAAACACAUUUAUACCGGUAUUCGAGUUAUGUAAAUGUAAUUAUUUUUAUCGCAUAUUAUAUGAUCAUAAGAGUACAUAUGUCAAAGAUUACAAAUGGAUGUACAAAUACGUAUAAAAACUAGUGUUGAUUUCUAACGAUACGUAUCCCAUUUAAUUUGAUAUUUAAAUUAUCGUAUCGUAAAAUGUAUUAGAUAAAAAUCAUUAUUUGAUAUGUAUAUAUAUUGUACAUACUUUUAAUAAAGAAAUUAUGACUACUUUCUCUCAUGUACAACGUGUUAGAAUAUUGUACAAAACAAUUUUGAGGUUACAUCGCGGAUUACCGGCUGAAGUUCAACCUUUAGGAAAUAGUUAUGUUCGAGACGAAUUUAAAAGACAUAAGAACUGUGAUGAGGCUACAGCAUCGACCUUUCUAAAUGAAUGGACAGAGUAUGCAAUAAUGCUUACUAAGCAACUUGGAUUGAAAGGACCUCAUAUGUCAAAACCAUUAGGUAAAAAUUUAAAACCAGAAGAUCUGGAUAAGUUUAGAGAUGAACAAGUGUAUCAGUUGUAUGAAUUGUUGAAUGCAGCAACUGAUAAAGAGAAAAAUGAAAAAGAUACAUGACAUAACCUUUGCAACAUGUCUGAUAUAGUUCCUAAAAUGUAUGAUAUGACAUAUUGUAUUGUAUCAUUCACAUAAUUUAUUAGUGUAAUAACUGUAAUUGUGUAUAUAAAAUGUCCAUAACAUUUUACUCCUGAACAGAUCAUUGAUCCAUAAGAUUGUACAUAACAUAUUACAAAAUAUUAUAUAAAACAGUCA